AUGACAGAAGCUCUGUGCGGACCGUCGAACGCCUUGUCGUCGUUUCAGAAACACACCCAGGUCGAUCGAACACUACAGCAGGAUCGUCUGAGAGGUCCUAGUCACUCUCCUGCUCAAGGGUUUCGCUCUUUCGAUCCCCGAGCAGGAAGUCUCGAUGCAGAAUUCGCUGCUUUUGAGAAUGCGCCGACCAAUCCUUUCCAGCUGGAACAACCACAAUGGCAACACAACACGGCACAGCAAUUCUCAGCACAACCAGCCUCGAACUGGGCCAGCGACUUUCAGAACCUGCGAAUCUCAAACUCACCUAUACCUGUCUCCCAGUUCCGUACCGAGGCUCCGUUGAUGAGGACGACACCAGGUGGAUGGCAGCAAGAGUUUAUGCGACAGAGGCCGGGCAUGAGUUCUGUCGCGCAACAGAAGCAGUCAGAGAUCACAUCACAGACACCGGAUCAGUCCUAUUUGCCGUUCUUGGGAGGUUCUACGUAUAUGCCCCAUCAGUCACUACAGAAUAAGCAGAGCGCAUUUAGUGGUGUGCAAGCUCAAGAUCCACAGUUCAAUGAAGAAGAUUUCGAGAAAGCCUUUCAGGAUGCUUUUCAAGAGAUGCGAGACUCCGAAGUGCAAUCGACAAUUGCAGAGACUCAAGCUACAAUAGACGAGUCCUUACUUGACAACGAAGAUACAUUGGACUCUGUGAUACACGAACCCUCCGUGGCUAAGAUUGGCUCCGAUGCAAUACAAUAUACCGCUACAGAAAAUCGUACUCAAGAUCAAGACAGCCGCGACGCGAGUGACCUUGCAAGAGUCGCUGGCCAACUAGUACAAAACAUCUCUCACGAAACGGACGAGAAGUUCAGAAAUUCUCAGUUUCUAGACCUCAUGAGGCGAAUACGAGACAGAGAAGUCGAGGUACGCAACAACAACUUUGAGCCUGCUCAAGACGCAUAUUCAACCUCGAAAACAGAAGCACCACAGCUACAGCCAGAAGACCAGCACAGCUUCCAAUUUCCGAACAUGAACAACGUCUACCAUCCAGACGAGACAAUAGACAUGACAGUAGACGACAACUUCACAUAUCAACCCCACAACCAGAUAUCAGAUCUACAUCCAGGUGGGCCCUUCUAUCCCGAACAAUCCCCAAACCCCCGUUAUGCCCAGAUGAUGAGCGGUGCAGUUGACUCUUCUCUGUCAACAGAUGAUGCUGGUAAUAGAUACGCGCAGGCGUGA